GAGAGUGACUCAAAUUUCCAGCGGUCAAGUGAUUCGCUGAGGAGCUGCCAUUUAAAGAUCUGAAAUUGCGCAAAUAGGUGAUUCGUUGCACAGCCACGUGACAAGCCACAACCAGGUUGGGUUGCAAGGUGUCGUUACUUGAUAAACCACCGGCAAGGAAGUUAAAGUCAACAAAGCUUUCUCUGGAGGGAACAAGAUAAUGCGCCCUCUCAGCCUGUGCUGACCUACAGAUCAUCAUGUCCUCAAGGUUCGGCAGCUCGAAUCUACACCAGCGCGACUCGCGCAGCGCGCUCUUCGAGGGCUACAAAGGCGGCGCCGACACGACGCGGAGACAAUACAGCGCGAGCCCGGCCUCGGUAGGCGGAGGCUAUGGCUACGGUGGAUAUCCCGGCAGCAAUGGAAGCGGCGGUGGCCUAGGCGUCCCAUCGAGCGGAGGAUUCAGGCCGGCGACGCCCAAUUCGAGGGGUCAAUACGAUGCCGCGACGCUCGAACAGCUGGAGAGCCAGAACGACCAGGAGGUCUCAGGGAUCAUGAGCAAGGUCAAGGUGCUCAAGACGCUGUCGGUGGCCAUGGGCGACGAGAUUCGCGAUUCCUCGGCCAUGAUGGACAAGAUGAACGAUAGCUUUGACACGACGCGGCUACGGCUUCGCGGCACGAUGAAUAGAAUGAUGCUCAUGGCAGAGCGAACCGGCGUUGGCUGGAAGGUCUGGCUCGGCUUCUUUGCUGCUGUCAUUUUGAUCUUCGUUUACGUUUGGUUGUUCUGAUGAUAGAUUGAGCUGUCAUACGGUAUUGGCGUUGUGGUGUUGUCCUGGGCUUAGAAGAGCGAAGCCGUUGAGUGAAGGCCGGGGUGUAUGGAGCACAUAUGGCAUUCGAUGAUGAUACACUGUGUAUUGGCACGACGAGAAACGGUUUCUUUCAAAAGGGUUUGUAAUCCAU